AUGGUCGUCAAAGUGUCGAGCCUCGUUCCUCUUACCAUCAUCAAGGGCGCGGGCCACGAGUUCAUCCCCCUCCCCGAGGGCGAGAACGCCACCGUUGCCGACUUCCACUCGAUCCGCACCAAGACCACCGACUCUCCCGCCCACUUCACAUCGGGCUUCUACAAGAUUGUCGCCGGCCCUUCCCGCCCCGCCCACUACACCUUUGAGGAGACCAAGUACGUCCUCAGCGGUCAGAUCGACAUCUUGGACGAGGCCACUGGAAUCACUCACCACCUAGUACCCGGUGACUUUGCCUUCUUCCACGUCGGAUCCAAGGUCCAGUUCUCAACCAAGUCCGAGGGUCUGGCGUUCUACGCGGUAACUCGACCAGUAAGGGUUCCCCACCCGAACCUGCAGGGCAGAGAGGAAGACGUCAAGUCCAAGCUGUAA